GAAAUCCUAAAGACAAACAUUGCUUCUCCAAAUCCAACAAAUGCAUAUAUAAAUAUAAUAACGCAUAACACUUUAUCAAACUGACAUUUCUGAUUUUCUUCGUUUUCCGAAUCGGUUUCACUCACUCGCUCCAUGACUCGGCGCACGCGAUCAUCUUCUUCUUCUUCUUCCUCCACCAAGAAAUUCGAAGUUUUUGAGUUCAAUGACGAAGACGAGAACGUCGAGAAGACCUCUCGGAGGAUUCUCCGCAAGCUCGCGAACCCUAGCACUAGCAGGUCUCGCUCUUCCCCCGUCACCAAAUACGACUUCCUCCAAGCCUUUGCGAGCGGUACCAAUUCCAAACCUCUCUCCAACGACGUUACCGCCGAUCCUAUUGACCUCGAUUCCGAACAAGAAGAAGAUGAAAUGGAGCGCUCACCGGUGGAAGUUGCCAACAAACCUUUAGAGGUUGUUGUUGACGACAGCGACGAUGGUGAUGGCGGCCGUGGUCACGAUGUUGUUGAUAAUCAAGGCAAAUGUGAUAUUCCGUGUUCAAUAGACACACUGCUGCAACACUCCGCUGAUGAAGAGAUUCCAGGCCACUCUGAUUUCGUUGAAAGCGAUUUUGACUGGAAAAAUCAGUCACUUGAUGUGGUUUCUGAUGCCGCCGAUAGUAAUCAAAUAAGUUCCUCUUCGACUUCAACUUCUACUUCAACUUCAAAUCCCUCAGAAGAUGAAGUUAACUUCGGAGACCAGCUAGUGGAGCAUGAUUCUGCUGCAUUUGAAAUUAACGACAUAGAAAAGGUGGUUGAUGUCAUCCCUGAUUUUAUUCAAUAUGAGGAUUUAUAUUCCACUAGGUCUUGGUUAACAUUCUCAUGCAACUCCCUGAAACUUGACGGCUCAACAAUCAAUAGAACGAGGGAAACUUUUAAAAUUGAGUGGGCAACUGAAGAGAUUAUAAAAAUUGAAUCAUAUUGGUUUGGAAAUAUUGAAACAGCCUCGAUCAUCCUUAUCCUUAAACCAAAGGAUUAUACAGAAGCUGAAAAUACAAAUCAAAAUCCAGGUUUUAAGCUGUUGAAAUUUGCAGUCUAUGAUUCGUGUUGGUACAAGGCAGAAGAGGCAAUCAAACUAUUGGACAUGAGAUACACAGAUAUAUGGAGUACAUUUCUUGAUAUUGAUGAAGAAAACAAUGGAAAUAUUUCUGCAUUGGGGAAGGACUGCUUUUUCUCUCAAAAGCAUUAUUUUCCCAACUUUGAUGAGGCUUUUGAUGAGGUUAUUUAUCCGAUGGGGGAGCCUGAUGCUGUUUCUAUUAGUAUGAGAGAUAUUGAGCUUUUACAGCCUCAGACAUUCAUUAAUGAUACUAUCAUUGACUUUUAUAUCAAGUAUUUGAAAAGUAAACUCCCAACUGAUGAACAGAACAGGUUUCACUUUUUCAAUAGCUUCUUCUUUCGUAAGCUUGCUGAUUUAGACAAAGAUUCAUCAAGUGCUUGUGAUGGUAGAGCAGCAUUUCAACGUGUACGCAAAUGGACAAGAAAAGUGAACCUUUUUGAAAAGGAUUAUAUCUUCAUUCCCGUAAACUACAGUCUUCACUGGAGUUUGAUUGCCAUUUGUCAUCCGGGUGAAGUGACAUGCUUCAAAGAAAUUAAUGAAUCUUCCAAAGUAGCUUGCAUCUUGCACAUGGAUUCCCUUAGAGGAAGUCAUAAAGGUCUCAAGAAUGUUUUCCAAAGUUACCUAUGUGAAGAAUGGAAAGAGAGGCACAGUAAUGUGGUGGAUGAUGUUUCUUCUAAAUUUUUACAUCUGAGAUUCAUCUCACUUGAGCUCCCCCAGCAAGAAAAUUUAUAUGAUUGUGGUCUCUUUUUGCUACACUAUGUGGAACGUUUUCUGGAAGAAGCUCCAAUGAACUUUAACCCUUUCAUGAUAACAAAGUCCUCCAACUUUUUGAGCAGUAAUUGGUUCCCUCCACCAGAGGCUUCUCUGAAACGAUCUCAUAUACAGAACCUAAUUUAUGAUAUAUUUGAAAAUAAUUCUUUGCAUGCACCUCCUACUGAUUGCCUUGACAAAGGUCAUCCCUCUGAAGAUCCUUCCAUUAUUGUCAAUCCCAAAGUGGAAGAAGAUUCCCUAAGGGGUUGUUAUCCAGCCUUGUGGCAUGGGAAAAAUCCUUCGAAUUCCUCUACUGAACUGGAGACUACUGAUAUUCAGUAUCCAACAGCUUCACACAUAAGAGUUCCAAUAUGUUUGACAGGUUCUGGACUUGUUUCCAAGGACUUACAAGCGGCUGUUGUAACUUCACAUUCUGAUUGUCUGCAGAUGCCAGCAUGUCAUCAGAGGGGCUUCCUGUCACCAUUAGAGGAAAUUGAAGAGUCUGGUGAGGAGACUGCUUUAUCAUUAGAGAGAGAAAAUUCUCAGGUUGGUAUAUUGGCAUAUGAUUUCCCAUCUACAUAUGUCAGCAAUGAUCAUAGAGCAUCAGAAACAUUUCAGGAUGGAUUCUCUGUAAAUUUUGUGGAAGCUGUUGAGAGCCAUUCUCAUUCAAGAACAUCGAAUACAGCUACUCAUGAAGACCAGCCUCUUGAGAAAAUCGAGGAGUCCAGCAUUCCAGACAAGAUAGUACUUGAGUAUUUAUCAACCUCUGGCUCUGGUGAUGAUGUUAAAGACUACAUUGUUCCGGAUUCUCCUGACGCAAAUGAUGUUGAUGUGAGUGUUAAGUCUCGUUCCUCAGUCCGGAAUAAUAUGAAUUCAGCAGCCCAUCAAAUAUUUGAUUUGACUCACAAUACAAGUGUUGAAGAUAAUACUUUAGUUAGCAAGGAAGAGCCACUAGCAUUUGAUUCUGAUGAACGAGAUGCCAAGAGGCCAAAGCUUAUGAAUGCAGGUGGUCCAAGUCGCAGAUUCACUAGAAGCAUGAUAAAAAGAACGUGUAAUGUCGUGUAAAUAGUGUUAGUAGCAGCAGGGUGGUUAUAAGCAAAUUAAAUGUUAAUAUAUGAAAGCAUUAACCGCAAACCAAUGACGUAGGAGAAAAAUAGCUCAAAAAGGUUUUGACCGUGUCAACAUGUGGCCCCAAAUGGUGAAGCAUUUUGCGUAAACCCCUUGCCUCACACCACUGCAGGAUGACGUAUAAAAAUGUAUAAUUUUUUGGUAUAAUUUUGGUGGGACUGUUUUAAUUUAGACAAAGCCGCCCAAACUACUUCAUUGUGUAAAUAUAUAUAGUAUUCUAAACGUGUAAGUAUCGUUUAGCCCUUUCUGGUUCAUUCAUAAUAUUUAAUGUUAGUUUGGUUUGUCCUCUUUUCUCAAGAUGGAUGAACCAGCCUAACAGGUGAUCAGUGACUAAUAUUUACUGAAAAAUAUGUUCAAGUAUUCUGUUCA